CUCCCGUGAAAGGCCGGAGUCGGAUUGGGCGUGGUGGGGUGGUUGGUAGUGGUGGUAGUGGUAGUGGUGAUGGGGUCGGCCGGGCUCGCUUGGCUGGCUGUGGCCGCCGCCUUCUCCUCCUUCUCCAUCUCUUCCUCGUACUCCCUGAACACUUGUCAGACUCGAUUUCAUCUAGACAUCGGAACAUUUGAAAGGGAUGAAAGACUCACAAACGACGGCCGAAACCGGGAUAAUCGUCCCUCAUAUCCGCGCCAUCAAGAGACAAAAGGUAGACCACGUCAGUGGCCCAUUCCAUCGGGCAGUGCUCCAGACGCUCGACAACCAGGUUCCAGGACGAAGCCCGGACGAAUGCUGGCCAGUUGCCAGGGAAUGGGAGAGAAACCCCGGGAAAUGGGACGGAAGGCUGUGGUGCUCGCGUAGGAAGUGCCUCCGAGAGGUCUUUGGUGAAGUUGGAAUCCAUGGUAGGAUGAGAGAUUGGUUGGUGGUGGUUGGUGGUAUAGAAGUUGACAGCAGCAGCGCUGUGAGAAAGCGCGAUGAGACCAAGGAGGAAAGGAGAGGGAAUGGGAGAGAAGGCGAGAAGAUAUAGGUAGGAGGAGUAUUGUCAGGUGUGAACAAUUGGAGAUAUUGGGACAAUACGUACUUACUGUUUUAUUCUCGUUCUGGGGGUAGGUGGAACAAUCGCAAUUGCCAGA